AUGACAUUGUCUUUGAUAGAUGUUAUAAAUGAAGUUGAUUCUUUUCGAUUUAACAAUGCUUACUACAAAUUGUUAACUCACGACUCUAGUGCAGUUUUGGGGUACAUUGCACCUUUUGUUGCGCAGUUCUUUCAGCACACUCCAUCAUUUGAAUUUGAUGGCGAUGCCAAGACCAUAAAGAUAGGAAGCGAAUAUGAUUCCUUUGAGAAACGGAAUGCCCUUUUCCAAAAUGUUGGUAAUCAAUGGAGACAGCAUCCUGAGUUUCACGAAUUGCUUGACAAAGGCUGGAGAAAUGAGUUGUACACUGUCUAUAACCCGAGCAGUGUCCCGUACGUGUUAAUUGAACGUGCAUUCUCGGUUUUAUUGGGGGUGGUGACGUAUGGUGUACAUAUAAAUGGAUAUGUACCUCCAGAGAAUUCAUCAAAUGGGAAAUUGAAAUUCUGGGUUCCUCGAAGAUCAGCAACAAAACCAACUUAUCCAGGAAAAUUGGACAAUACCGUUGCAGGUGGAUUGGGAUAUCCCUAUGGUUUGAAUGAAACAGUCAUUAAGGAAUGCUUUGAGGAAGCAGGAUUGAAGGAGGAAUUUGUAAAGUCGCAUAUUACCAGUACUGGUGUUGUAUCAUACAUGUAUUUGACAAAAGAUGGAAGAGUACAGCCAGAGGUAGAGUAUACUUAUGAUCUCAAAUUUGACAAUGAAGAAAAUAUUAUCAAACCGCAAGAUGGGGAAGCUGAAGAUUUUCAGCUUUUGGAAGUCGAUCAGGUAUUGGAAAAGCUUCAUAAUAAGGAGUUUAAACCAAAUUGUGGGUUGAUAAUAGUCGAUUUUUUGAUUAGGCAUGGGUAUAUUACCCCAGAGAAUGAGCCAAAUUAUUUAGAAAUCGUAUCUAGAUGUCAUGUUUCAAUGCCAUUUGCUUGUAGGUAG